AUGUCUACAGGCAACACAACUUGUAAAGGCGAAUCGAUGACAUGGGCCAUAAACGAUCGGGGAGAAACGCCUUGCAAGGUAUACGAGGACAUGAUCAAUGUAUGCCAGAAUUUUGAGAUGUUUGAUACUCAGCUACCGCCGACUGUGUUCACUUGCACUACUAGCAAUCCCAACAGCUGCUGCUGCUCCAGCGUUGCCUUUGCCUUGUUUCAGGCUUGUAUGUUGGGUGUGACUUCGUUACCUCGUACUCAGAACUUCUCUUCCUGGUUAGACGGUUGCGACAACCCUCAGAUAGGCAGUCUUCCGAACGACGUUGCCAGGAAUAGGAGUGUGUCAGUCCCGCAAUGGACAUUUGUCUCGCCGCAAAAAUCUGAUGAGGCUUGGAAUAUAACUCUCGCAUUGGCCAACGCGACGUCGCUCCAGCCCUCCUCGUCAGUCUUCACAGGUACUCGGCUAUCGACGACUGCACGACUUGCCAGCAGUCAAAGUGGUGGUAGCAGCAGCAGCAGUACCCAGAAAAAAACCUCGUUUCUUCCGACAGCGACUAGUCGAACAUCCAGCAAUGUCAGAAGUGUCAUAUCAUCUACAAGUAUCACUACGUCGAUGGAUUCUCCUCCUCAACCUGUUCAGACAUACAGUGAGGUUGGAGAGGUGAUGAAUGGAGCGAGAAAAGGAGGACAGACUACGGGUGCUGUCGUCGGUGCCCUGGGAGGAACAGUAUUGAUUUCCAUUAUUCUCGUCUACUUGUACAAACAGAAGAGGUAA